AUGCCUGUUCAGAAACAAACUCAUGCUGGUCAACGUACACAUUUUAAGGCAUUCGUUGCCAUUGGAGACAGCAAAGGAUACAUUAGAUUGGGUGUAAAAUGCAGCAAGGAAGUAGCACCUACCAUCAGGGGUACUAUUAUUUUAGCCACACUGUCAGUUGUGCCAGUACGAAGAGGAUACUAUGGUAAAAAAUUUGGUCAGCCUCACACCGUACCUUGUAAGGUAACUGGAAAAUGUAUUUCUGUUACUGUGCUUUUGAUCCCAGCUACCCGUGGUACUGGAAUCGUUUCUGCCCCUGUUCCUAAGAAACUUCUAGAUAUUGCUGGUACUGAAGAUUGCUACACAUCAGCUAGAGGUUCCACUGGUACUUUAGGUAACUUUGCCAAAGACACAUACUUGACACCUGAUUUGUGA